GGCCCCGCGCCCCGCCAGCCGCGAGACUUGACACGAGACCUGCAACUAGCAGCAACAUGGCGAGCGGACUUGCUGGCGUUUGCUCCUAUGCAGUCUGCUCUUUCGUUUUCCUUCUUUUGGUAUCUACUGUUGAUUCUAGGAAGAAUGCGGACUUCCAUGUGGAAUACCUAGUUGGCAGACAGUCAUCCAAUAUUCAGUAUACAAUCCGCAGUCUGCCAGAUGACAGUCUGCAUCGCUAUCGUCGACAGGUGGUGUCUUCACCUGCAGACAACAGCUCUACAUCUUCAAGCAACACAGCAGAUGAAACAGCAGUAACUCAUGCCACGCGCAACUCCAGCACUCCCUCACUCACAUCUCCAAGCACUGCAUCAGCCACUACUAAUAUUAAUACCACAACCUCACCAACAACCAGCACCACAGCUACUAACACAACCACAACUGCCAAAGUGACUACUACCACAACCCUGAAGACAUCCACCACUACCAGCUCUAAAGAGUCAACAACAACAACGCCUCAAGUUACAAUAAAGAAGGAUAACCAUAACUACUAUAUUUCUGUCAUCCGGCCAGACAGCAGCAAACUUUACUUCACUGAACUCCUGAGUCCCACUACUCAGGAAACACUUAGCUCUGGACACAGAGUGGCAGUGACUGUUGCCCUGCCAUUCAAGUUUCGGUUUUAUGGACAUAUCAUUUCAAACAUCACUGUUGCAACUGGAGGAUUCAUCUACACCAGCCCAUUCUUACACCAGUGGUUGACAGCCACACAGUACAUUGCACCCCUCAUGGCCAACUUUGACACCUCCACCACCGAGGAUUCAGAAGUUUUAUACAAGCAAGUUGGCAACGAAUUUAUUGUGGAAUGGCGCAACGUCCUGCUUAGGGACCAAAAUAAUACUGGGGCUUUUAUUUUUCAAGCCAAACUAAAGAAUGAUGGCACAAUCACAUUUGUCUACCUGAAGCUGCCUGUUCCAGUGGCAAAUAUCUCCACCAUAAAUCAUCCAGUCAAGAUUGGUCUAUCAGAUGCUUUCUAUAAUGACACCUUUAUCCCACAAUAUGGAAUAAAGCGACGAACAAUUUAUGAGUACCACCGUGUAUCUUUCAUGCCAGAGCAGAUUGAGGAGGGUACUGUGAUUAUUCUUGAACCUCUUCCCACUUGCAACACAAUUGAAGAUUGUAAAACAUGCACAGAGCAUGUAAAUGUCAACUUUGAUUGCAAGUGGUGUGAGAAAGUGAGCCGUUGCUCAGAUGGACUGGAUUGGAAUCGCCAAAACUGGAUUGAACAAGGCUGCACAAAUCUGGCUUUAAUUCAAUCGUCAUGGUGUGGUGACCUUGAAAGAACUUCAUCAGCAACAACUGCAUCUGCAAGUUCCCCAAAUAUUCAAACCGGCACACACACUCUUGGUGACCUUGAAAGAACUUCACCAGCAACCAAUGCAAGUUCCCCAAAUAUUCAAACUGACACACACACUCAACAGACCACCAGUCCAAUCAGAAUCACAUACCGUUCAACAAUAUCCUCACACAUAGAAGUACUGACAUCUGAGGAGUGUGGGCAAACACAAUCCAGCAAGUGUGACAAAGAAAAGAGUACAAACGUGGCUGCAAUUGUGGCUGUUGUUCUUAUUCUGGUACUGUUGUUUGGAGGUGUGGGUUUCUGGGUUCUGUAUGCCUACACUCAUCCUACUUCAUCUUCUGGCAUCUGGCUUAUGGAGCACCGACCCAGCCAGAUGAAAGCCAGGAUAUCCAACAUGAAGUUCUGGAAGAGAAGCACACCCAAUGGUACUAAAUACCAAGUGGAGACGGAAGCCUAGGACAUCUCAGGGAAAGUCCUUCAGCCUUCAGUAUUCUCCCUCCGCAACAGCAGGCUCAAGCCUCCCACAAAUCUUUGGGUCUGCUCAUGAUCAUUGUGACUAUACUCCUUUGAUGGCCUGUGUGUGUGUGUGUUUUGGAAACCUGAUGAGAAGUGAGCUUUUGUUCUACAUAUGACACUGGAGCAAAAACUGGUCAAAAACUCAGUUUUGGGGUUGGAAAAUAAUUGGCUCUUCUUUGUAUGUUGUCUUGCCAUUACAGAGCUCUUGUUAAAACAUUAUGUCAUCAACUUUCUGUCUUAUUCUGCAUUCUUUUUCUUUCCCAUUCCUCUUGCUUUGAUGUUUUAUGUCUGAUUAAGCAAGAACUCAUCAAAGAGUGUCACAUACCCAGCAAAGAAUGUAAAUAUAUUAUUACAGGCUCUGGUAUUAAAUCCGGUCAGCAAAAUAAUGUUUCACUUCUGUUAUGUUUUUCACUCCUAGUGCUGACUUAUUGACUUGUAUGUCUGUCUGGCUCAUUCAUGUUAAUUGUUCUCACAGACUCAAGGAUAUCUCAUGGGGUUAUCAAAAAUGCUGUUUUUGAGUGAUGGUACAUAUGCUUUGAGGAUGUUUAAAAUAAAGUUUUUAAUGAAAAGUUACAUUAAUCAAACCAACUGGAAAUGUCCAUUAUUUGUUAAAUGUAUUUGGAGUUUCAGUGUUGGAGAUUCUAAUCUCAUGACAUUUUGUGAUGAUCUGAUUAGCUUGGAAUUUCUCACCAUUUCAGUAUGAUCCAAUAUAUGCUGACUUUUGAAUUUCAGUUUUGUUUGCAUACUGUCAACUCAGUUGGCAUUUCUAGUUUGUCAAUGUUGAGCUAAACUUCACAAAGAUUUGAAACUACCUAUCAAAACAUUAUUUAUUAGUUAACUGGAACAAUGCUUAUGCCUUUAUUGACUUAUUGUUGUGCACUUUAAAUAAGCACAAACUGAUCUUAUUGAUUUGCCCAGCCAACCAUUCUAUUAUUGGGUUAGCAGAAAGGGCAGCACAGGGCUUGUUGCCUUGUCUUCCCAAGCAUGUGUCUUUAAAUUCCAGAAGAUGGACAGACCCUAUUGGCACUUUUCUAGGAAAAGGAGAGGUCACUGUCUAUAACCCCUGCCUACAUCUGUGGCAGUGUUUUUCAGUAGGUUUAAAGAUGGGACUACAUUAGGCAGCUUGUUAUGAGAAGCAUGAUACUCUUCUUUGUUUCAGUACAUAACUGAACAGUUAUUUGCAGGCCAAGCAUUGGUGCAUAAUUUGAAGUUGACAUUCCACACUCUGUUGGUAUACAUCACUGAAUGAGCUUCCAUGCUAAUGGUGCUUUGGAAGCUGGUUGUGUGUCUAUCUGUUCUGGGUUUAUGUAUUGAAUUUAUUCUUUCUUUUGUUUGCUGUUAUGAAACCUCAGUCCUGCUGCAUCCUUAUAUUUGCCCUGUUAAACGAAGCUGGGAUCAAAACUUAAAGAUUACCGUCAGCUCAUGUUUCACAUUCAUACUCCAUGUAAAUAUUGAAAAGCAAAAAGUGUUUGUCAUGUUUGAAUUGUAUAUGAAGACUACUGUGAUACAAGGCCACACUUACUGUCAUUUGCACCCAGCUGGUUGCUCAUGAUAGCUACAUGAACUUUUUUUUCUCUCACUUUAAGCCAGCUUGAUCAUAGCUGCUAUUCUGUGGACCACAUCAGAGAUGUAUAUUUUUGUCGUGUUUCCUUCACAGAACUUUGCAGUCACACCUUCCCUUUUCUGUGUCGUCAUAGUCUAAGUGUAUCCUGUAUGCUGACCAAGAAAAGGCACUAACAUAUCAUUCCAAGCAAGCAUGCCAGUUUUCUCCCUCUCUCAUUUCUGUGUCCAUGCACACAAUCACACUCUUUCUCUCUCUCUCUCACACACACACAAAAUUCCAUACAUGCAGGCACUUGUACAUCGUUUUUAUCCAUUUUAUAACACCUAUGUGUGCUGCCUUGUGGCAAGUGUAAACAGUGAUGUUCAUAAUUUUUUUUUUAAAAGGCAAAAAAAAAAACAAUUCUUGAUGCUUAAGUUCUAAAUCAGAAGCUACAAUGGCAAAUUGAGAGUACAUAUGUAUGUUCAGGGAAUCUUGUGAUAAAAUGCCUGAGCUAUGUUUUUUGUGCUAUAAGCUGUAUAUGUUUUAGUGUGUACUUAACUCAUUGGUUGUGUGACUUUGACAUUCAUGUUGCAUGAAUUUUAAAAUUUCAACAAAUCAUAAAAAUAAACACCACUGAAAGACAAAUCGUAAUUGUAAUCGAAGUUCAUAGUAAGCAGAAAUAAACUGUUUAUUCAUCAUCAAAUUAGUUAUAUCCAAAGGUAUUUCCAAAAAAUACUGUUAAGCAUAUGGUUAUACAAAAUAUAGAAUUAUAAUCACUGUGCUGUCUAAUCCCAUUGAUUUUUAACAGUCACAGACUAUAUAGAAAUAAAUAACUUUAUAAAAUUUUGAAAAUUGUCACCAUAAUCUUGCCUUCAUUUUACCCUUCUUUUUUUUUUUUAAAGGAAAUCCAAAUUUUCCUAUCAGUGUCUUCUAUUUAUGCAUUCAGAGAUGUAACUCCAAAAAAAUGUUUAACUAUUUGAAUGAUCAGAUUUUGUCUUUUUUUGAAGUAAAAAUUAUUAAGUAUGAUACAUAUGCAUUUGUGGCCUUUUAUGUUUACUUGAAGAAGACACUACAUUUAUUUAUAGACUACGCUGUGAACAGGUUCAUCAUAGACAUGCAUAUGUGCAGUAGAUUUCUUUUUAAAUUAGUGAUUUUCUGUUCCACGUAUUACAAGAAUACGUUGCUUUGGGAACCCCUGUUCUCUACAUCCAUUAAAAGUGGCCAUGUUCAUUGUAUUUGCUGCCCAUCAUGAAACUGAACUUUUGUAUUCCUGGAAUUGGGUUAGCAAAAACUACUCUGACACACAGUUGUACUGUUGACAGUAGCUCGAUACUGCUACAAGCUGGUUCUAAAAGAUUGUGGUCAUACAUUUCAUGAGUACAUUUUAUAAGACACAUAUUUUAGCUUGUGUGGUAACUCUUCUCCAGCACAACUCAGACCCAUGCCUGAGAGACUGAGCUUGGAGGAAGUAUGGAAGUGCAUAAAGGAUGCAGUUAAAGUUUAAGACAGAUCGCUAUAGAGGGAAACAGUUUACUUUUGGUUUGCAUGUUACUUUUUGGCCUGAUAAUUUUUCCCUCUUGAUUUCAUGUGCAGCAAAACUGGCUUGGAAGAAAUCAACACCCUUUCUAGAAAAAAAAAGUAGAAACAGAUUCUGGUUGUUACAUUAUGCCAAAUGGACUCAUCAUGGCAUUGUGGACACACUAUAUAUGUAGGAACAAUUUGUCCGGAUAUGUUGAUACAAUUUUAACGACUCUUUCUCUCAUUGCACAUCUUUUUGUUAAUAACUGUGAUGUCAUGUUCUUUGCAGAUUAAAAAGACUAGUGUGAAUCAACUUGUGUGCACACUUAACAACCCUUUUAGAAUAAACCAGCCUAAUUUUAGUGAGUGCCAUGCUCUUUUUUUACAAAAUGUUGAAGGACAUUCAAGAAGAAUGCAGCAAAAUGUUCCAUGACUUGUAUAUUCUUGAGAUCUCCAAAUUGUAUCCUAUUAUUGAAUUCUUGAUACCUUUCCUUGCAGUGUUGCCUUCAUGCAAUAUGCUCUGCUAACUUGAAGCUGUUGCCAAAAGCAAAACAACAGCAGAUGACUUUCCUCUGUUCACCAUAAAAGUCAAUGCAUAAUGACCAAUAAAUCCUGCUCAUUGGUAAGAUCUGAUUGAGAGAUCUUUCAUGCUACAUUUAUCAAGGAGGCUUUUAAAUGGCACCAAACUCUUCAUUUUACUUUGGUUGGAAAGAUCUGUAGAUGAAGAUGCACAUUUGUAAAUAAUACAUAUGGUUUAAAUACUUGUGAUCCAAAUUGUAAUUUAUACAUUUUAUUAUUUUGUAUUCUAAUAGCUUAAUUAUUUCUUUGUGCGUGUAAGCAAAAUAUUUCCAGCCCAGCGUUUUUUUAAAUUGAAUACAUAGAGCUGAUUGUAAGAGUUCACUUGUAAUUUGAAACAUGGCUGAAGGGAACAGAACGCAAAACAUCUGGUGUGGAUAAGAACUAGUUUGCAAAUCUUCAUCAUAUCUAAUUAUAUGCAUAAAAGUGCCCAAAGCUUUCAGAGGAAAAAUGGGCCUUGUACGAACAUUUUUUGAAAUGGAGAAGAAACUGCUCCCACUCAUGCAACUUAGUUCAGGACCAGAUAAGUAUGCCAUAUGAAAAUAAUGUAAUAACUUGAUUACUGUCAAAUUUUUUUGUGUGUGACUAAAAUGCAGGUUAUUGAUAAUUUUUCAGCGGUGGAGUUUAUGUGGCCUUUUUUUUUUAAGAUGACUUGUCAUUAUGGGAUUUGUUUUGGGAUUCAUUAUGGGAUUUGUUUAUUUUUACAAUUAUUGUACCUGUUGUGUCCUAGUUUUUGGAGCAACUAUGUAUUGCUUUAGGCUGCCAGUUUUCGCUUACAUGUGCUAAACAAGUUCUUUUUUUGUACCCUUUCUCCUUGCUUAAUCCCAUUCCAGCUGUCUUUUUUUAUUUUGUUUAAUUGGUUCUUGGAAUUUUAUUACUAUUUUGCUUGCAUUUGUUUUUGGCUUAUUCUCUUCCAGGUUUAGUGCAAUUCUACCCAUAAUGGUAUUCUAUUACAGGGUUUUUUUUUUAAUCAGAAGACGUAAACAGAUUACAGUGUGUGUAAGCUCCAUAUGAUAAUGGACUGGAAAAUUAACAUUAUUUUUGUGAUCCUAGAUAACUAAGUUUCAAAUUACCCAGUAGUCAUUAACCUGCUUCUCAGGCAUCCAUUGUUUUCCAUGAAAGGUGUUAAUGUAGAAAAUAUUUUUUUAAAAGCCAUUCAUGUAUGCAAUACAGGAAAGAGAAGUUUUUGUAAUCAGUUCUUUUCUACUCCAUUCUGCUUGCCUAUAUUGAAUUUGUAUGAACAGAUUCUAUAAACUGCAUUGUUAGUGCCAUGUAUAGGACUUCGAUCAACUGGGAGAGGGAUGAAGGUUAUUUAAUUAUUAUUGAAUAUUAUUUUGUAUUAAUUGUUGAGAGUUGACUAAUUUAGUGUAGCAAAGAUUGAUUUUUAGUUUUGAAUCAUAGCAAAAUGUUCAGCUUUUUAUUACAUUUUGUAUUGCAUUGUUGUAGUUUCAUGUUGAAAUCCGGAUGUGUUGGGACAUUGUUUACCACUUUCAAAAGUAUUUCAGAUUUUCUAUUAUUUUUGGAUUUGUUCAAAAUGUUGUGCUUGUAAAAGGUUGCAUAUCAGUUUUUACAAAAUGUUUCAAAGAGAUUUAUAAAUAAAAUUGCAUAAAAAUUCGACUUAAAAUUAUUUGCAAAAUAAAAAUGAAAUAAUGUCAUUCAGGGUCAGUUUAAAAUAUAUGUUUGUUUUAUAAGGCUUCUUAAUAUACUGAAACAGCUGGAUGGCAAGAAUGAAUGAUGAAAUAAUGAAUAAAGGGGUUUAAUAAAAAUAUAGAAUAAAGACAUCUUCCUGCCUCUUUAGAAACUUCAUUGAAUGAAAUUUUCAGUGAAGCAGAUAUUGAAUCUGAAAGAUUCGUUAAUUAUUUAUAAGAUUAAUAUUGACUUGAUGUAAAAGCUUUUUCAAAUAAAUAUCAGUUAAGAUUACAUAUUUUUCAAACUUCUCACUGAUAGAUUGCAUGUUGAUAUUUUUGACAGUGUUUUUAAUUUUUCAAAGUAAUGCACAUUCAGGUCACAUAUGGUUUAUCUCCUUACCAUUUGCUUUGUUGGGGUUGAGGGGGAGCUUUUUCUUUCCAUGGUCAUUUUGACUAUAUUCUGUGUUAAAUAAAAAUUAAUCAAAUCCCCAUGUUGACAUGAAUUUCUGUUCCUUAGGGUUGAUUAAAUUACAUCCAUUAUUCUAUUGGAUAUGGACAACUACAGGGAAUAUCAAUAUGCUGAUCCUAUAGACUUGCAUUUACAGAUCUAUUUUUGAUGGUAUAAAUCAGAUAAUGGGCUUUCCUCUGCCCCAGUAAAUGUUAGGUUUUUGGGCAGAUGACUAAAGAUGCGUGGUAGACUGGCUGGAAUAUAACUCAGAUCUGAAAUCCAGGAACUCAGGAGAAGUUGGUUUUCUAGUUUAUGAUAGUCACAGUUUUCAUUUUGAUUUGAUGCCCUUUUUCUUAUGGAUUGCUGUGUGGUUCAGGACUCUCCCUGCCAACUCCCCACACCAAAAAAAAAAAAAAAGCAAAACACACUAGGAAAAAAAAAAAUUAAAUGUAUGAACUAUCUGUAAACAAGAAUUUAUUAUCACUCAUGACCUCACAAAAUUUAAUAUGAGCGUUUGGUGAUAUAAGGUAUUUAGCAUAUCAAAUAUGGAAGCAGUUGAUUGGAUGGGAAAAAAGUGUUGGUGGCAGCGUGAUUAUGAAAAUUGAAAGUGGUUAUGUGGGUAUGGGGCGAUAGGCAAGAAGGCCAAUGGCAUGUGAUCUUGUGGGUGCAAGACAAUGGCAUGUGAUCUUGUGGAUGUGGAUGCAGGACAAUGGCACAUGAUCUGAAGUGGAUGCAAGACAAAGGCAUGUGAUCUUGCAGAUAGGGGGAAAUGCUGACCAGAGGCAUUGUCUAUAUUAGGAGAUAGAGUGACAUGGGAUUGUUGAAUAUAUGGGAUAGUGAUAGUGGUGCAUGGGUGUCGGACAUUGCAAACAUUGUCCUAAGACAAUUUUGUUGCAGGUUUGUCAAAACAGUAAAACAAAAUUGAAA